ACAGUAGUUUAGAUGGGCUGGAGUCGGAUUGCAUCGGAUGUUUUUCAGCUUGUGAGUCGAGCACAGCGGGACGUGGUGGCUGAAUUCGUAAUUCGCAAUGCUCAUCACCCAGGCCUAUAUUUAACAUUUCAAUGAUAUCGCUCAGCUAGAGAGCCGCUCACUCCGCUGCGUGCACACAGAGGGGAGACUGCACUGCUUCAAAGCGACAACAUGGACUUGCACAUUUUGGACCAUAGGCUACGAGUCAUCAGCAUAUCCAAGAAUGGGCUUGUGAAUUUCACACACCCCCUGAUUAAGCUGAUAUUUCUCCGGAACAGAACACGAUGCAAGUUUUUCAGUCUGACGGAGACACCAGAGAACUACACAGUCGUCCUUGACGAGGAAGGAUUCAAAGAGCUCCAGCCGUCAGAGCAUCUCAAGAUAGAAAGCUCCAUCUGGCUGCCUCUCAACGUUGUCUCCAAUGGAAACGCCUCCAGCAGCUCGCAGGCAGUCGGCGUUACAAAGAUCGCCAAGUCGGUCAUCGCCCCUCUGGCCCAGCAGCACGUCUCUGUCUUCAUGCUCUCCACCUAUCAGACGGACUUCAUCCUGGUGAGAGAGAAAGACCUGGCUGUAGUCAUCACUACUCUGGAGGAGGAGUUCAAUAUCUACAAGGAGGUGGGAGGAGAGUCUGUCCCUAUGCACUGUCAGGAUGUGUCCAACGGCCUCCAGAAGAACGGCAAAGAAGCCACCCAGCCUACAGUUCACCCAGUGCUGAUCCCCCAGAACCAGUUCUGUGUCAUGUCUCUGGACCCAGACACACUGCCGUCCAUCGCCACCACGCUCAUUGACGUGCUAUUUUAUUCCAGCAGUCCAAAAGAGGACGCACAGUCCUCUCCCAGCCAGGACAUGGACUGUAUCAAGUUCUUCUCGUUCUCCCUCAUUGAUGGCUACAUCUCACUGGUGAUGGACACUGAGGCUCAGAGACAGUUUCCUGCUGAUCUACUCUUCACCAGCUCCUCUGGGGAGCUGUGGAGAAUGGUUCGGAUAGGAGGACAACCGCUGGGCUUUGAUGAAUGUGGUAUAGUUGCCCAGAUAUCUCAGCCUCUGGCAGACAGCGACAUUUCUGCCUAUUACAUAAGCACCUUCAGCUUCGACCAUGCUCUGGUCCCUGAGGAGGACAUCGUGAGCGUGAAGGACAUGCUCCAGUAUCAGAGGAAAGAACAAGCAACAAGUUGAUUUUCCGAAGUCCGGUCUGAGCUGAAUCAUGCCAGCUCAGUAUGCCAUCCUUCACUCCAGCUCCAGUGGCCUGAGGUGGCAGACCAGCAGGAGAUGGAGGCUAAACUGUGCCUAGACUAGCGCUGCUUCGCCAGCAGUAUUAAUAACUACGGACUUGCCAUGACCACCGGAAGCGCUUCUUUAUGGUGUGCACAGUUUGUCUGUGAGGCCUCCUGUCUUACCUAUCUGAGGCAGGAUGCACUGAGUCCCAGGAGGCCCACAAGCUCACAUAGGCACAUCAACAUGCACAAUCACUCCUAAAACAUCAACAUAUCCACACGCGCACACACACAC